CCUCACCCCGGCCCGGCCCUGCUGCCUAGACCUCACCCCGGCCUGGCCCUGCUGCCUAGACCUCACCCCGGCCUGGCCCUGCUGCCUAGACCUCACCCCGGCCUGGCCCUGCUUGUGGUUUUGCUGUAUGGCUGAUCUGCCCCCCUGCAGUAGCAGCAGUAUGGAGGAAUGGCAGGAGAAACGAGGCCUGCAGACGAUGAACCUGCGGUCUGUGUUCACAUUGGAGCAGCAGCGAGUCCUGGAGAGCUACUAUGACAACGGGAUGACCAAUCAAAGCAAGAGCUGCUUCCAGCUGAUCCUUCAGUGUGCUCAGGAGACCAAGCUGGACUUCAGUGUGGUGCGGACCUGGGUGGGGAACAAGAGACGGAAGCUGGCCUCGAGGAAUGACCAGAAUGCGGGCGUAUCCCACUCCUUAUCCUUAUCGAAUCACAGCAUGGUUGGGGGAGCUCUGUCCAAUCACGGCGUGGCUGGGGUAGCUCUGUCCAAUCACACACUAGCAGGCGGGGCUUUAGUCGCGGGCGCCAUGCUGACAGCAGAGAUGGCGGCGGCUCGGAACAUCCAGAGAGGCUCCUCCCAUCUCCUCGCUUCCUCCUCCUCUUCUUCCUCUUCCUCUCCGCUUAGCUCUGUCAACAACAACAAUGAUGUCAUCCUGACUGGGAUUUACUCUCUAGGCUCCGCCUCUAGUUCCCGGCCCACUGUUAAGCCCCUCCCUUCUGACUCUGAGCUGCCUGCACAUGUCCAUCAAACUCUGCUCAACCAAUCACAGUACAGGAGUAACAGUUCUGUCUCCUCCCCUCUCCAGCUCCACUCCAGAUUGGGUACCUUGUCACUUCCUCGCUAUAAAACCCCCUCCCUCUCCUCUUCCCCCUCCCUCUCCUCACCCCCCUCCUCCUCACCCCCCGGCCCUCCCAUCAACAGCCUGUCCAAGAGGGUGGGUUUCCCCACAAGUGGGGCCAGGGCCGGGGGGGCAGCAGGAGGGGCCGGGGUAGGAGGGGGGGUACCUCGGAGCUGGGCUAGACAGUAUGGUUCUCUCCAGUCUGGCCCCUGGCCCUCACCCUCCCAGCCAAGGCCUCACUCCAACCACCAGACUCUCCCACCUCAUCCCCCCAGGCCCCGUCCCUCCCCCCCUCCUCCCCCCUUCCCUCCCCCUUCAGACCACUCCCCCCGCAUUCAUCAGGUCUUCAGCCUAUCAGAGAGGGGGGAAGGGGAGGGAAAAGGACAAGGACAGCCUUCUGAUAGGAGCAGGCUGGAGAAACACAGACAGACUCCCCACCCCUCGGACACUAUUGGUUGCCUCUCUAUCGCCAUGGAGACGGGUGAUGAAGAGGAUGAGUGGCGGAGGGAGGAAGAGUUAUCCAACAUGGCUGCCACGGCCCAUGGGGACCUCCAGAGAGGCCAGGGGGUGAGGGACAGCCCCAGCAGGGGAGAAGGAUCUGGGGGUAGAGUCCUCACAUCCCCCUCCCUGGUCCUCAGCAGCUCCAGGCCUGGUCCCUACCCUCGGGACAGUUACCCAGUUACUACAACACUACAGACCUCCCCUAGUAUACAGGU